GUCCUCUUCUCCGGCGCCCGGGACACAACCGGGUGCCUAUAUAAAGUGUCAGGUGGCAUCUCGGGUCGUCAAACGUGCGAAUCGGUCCUCGUAUUGUCGCACAUAAAGAGCAGAUCGUCUCCGAGGAUUCGCGUACCAUGAAGCUGCCGGUCCUUCUCUUCUUCGCGGGGUUCGCCUCCAGCGCCGUCGCCGUGCCGUCAGGCCUCGUUCUCGGCUACCAGGACACCCUGGGCCAGUACAGCUUCGGCUACAGCGCGCCGUCUCAGGCGCGAUCGGAAGUCCGAUCCGUCGACGGGGUGACGCGAGGAUCCUACAGCUACGUCGACCCCGCAGGCUUGGUCCAGAGCACGGACUACACGGCCGACGAAGAGCACGGUUUCCGGGUCGCGGCGACGAAUCUUCCUCGAGCUCCAGCGCCGGUCCAGGAAACACCGGAAGUCGCUGCGGCCAGAGCAGCGCACCUCAAGGCGCUGGAGCAGGCCGCACAGGAAGUUCCGGAGAUUCAGCAGGACGCGGACAGCGUCGUAAUUUCGGCAAAACUUGACGCACCGGAACAGGAAAGUCCCGUAAAAGAUCAGGCCGAACCGGAGAAGCCUGAGGAACAGAUUGUAAUCGAGGCUGCCGUACCUGAGGGACAGGCAUCGGAGGAUUCGCAACUCGCCGCUGCAGAUAAUAAGGAGGAUCCGAAGACCGAGAAGCAACCCGAGGCGCAGGAGGAGCAGAAGGGCCGAGCGAUCGAGGAGCCGGUUUUAGCCCCGUGGAUCAGUCCGGUAGCAGGAUCCCUGCCGGUACCUUUGAUCCCGGUGAACUUUGACCUGCCGUUAAUCUCCGCUUAUUCCGGGCGGCCUACGGCCGUCAAGGCCGAACAGACACUUCCGCAAGCAACGCCCGAUCAAGGUCAUUAUACAAGACUGAUCACGCCGGCUGGAACAACGCUGAAGACCUUCCCUGCAGGAUCGCAGUUUGUUCCUCAAGCUGAGGUUUCGCAGGGUUCUUCAUCGGGCGAAUCUGCGGCUGUCGUCCCUGCGAUAAGCCGUGCGAAUUCCGCCAGGGAAUACGGAAUCUAUGAAAGACCUGCGGUCUACGCACCCGUGGGUUCGGUUAUCCAACUCCAGGGAUAUAACCCGACCAUCCCGUCCUUCCUGAGAUACGCCCCGUUCCCGUACAUCGCCUACAACGUUGUAUAAAUCGGUUCAAAUCGUCGCUCACCUUCCUUUCGUCGAGAACUCGAAAUUUGAGAAUACUCGGCUAGAGGAGUCGGACAUUUUUUGCAGGCGUCGGACGACGAGACAGAUUUUCAUAUCUGACGCAAGAUUAACAGAAUUCUUUAACAUCCUUGUGAUUUCAGUCAGUCGAGCUUCAGGAAGGAAUUAUUCAAUCCAUCGAUAAUAUGUUGCGAUUGUUAAUUAGGCUACUCUAUUCUCUUUACCCCUAUAUGCAUAAUUAUAGUUACACAUACCACGCUAUGGUUAGCGGGGAAGUAAUUGCGUUUGUUACUAAAUAAGCAACGAAUUUAAAUAAACGAAUCAAACAU